AUGUUAUGCACCUCCCCCUAAGAAGCUAAUCUAUGUAAUAGUUUAUGUUGUAACUAAUUACAUCAAUGCUCCAAAUAUCAAAGUGAAUGCUCCAUAUACUCAGAUGUAUAACAUCUUAAUUAGUAUAAGUAGAAUCAUUGCAUCAAAUUGAAUUGUGAUACCUGUUGUUUAUUAUAAGAAAAUAUUCACUCAUGUGGAACACCUGUACAAUGUAGCAAAUAUUUUGAAUUAUUCUAUUUAUGGUGUUUAGUUGUCCUUGCAUUAUUGUUGGUCGUCUUGCUCAUCAUUAAAUUACGUACUAAGUAGACAUCAUUAUAAUAAGGUUUAUGACAGCUCGCAUCAUACGAAUUCAUUAAUCUUUUGCAAAGUUUAACAAAAAAACGACUAUAAUCUGAUCAGAAC